GCUACAUACAUCCAUACAUGCAUUUGUGAUCGUUCAAUGCUUUUCAAAUACUUACCAAUUUACCAAUUUAGCAAUUUUAUUUACACAAAUCGCCAACGCAGCGAUCAACCGAGCGAUCAGAACGUUUUCGGUCAGCGAUCGGUGAAGUUCGAAUUCGAGUGGAAAUUUUAUUGAAAUAUGCGCAUUGAAAUCGCACUGAAGUCGAGUUGAACUUGGGAGUGCAGUAUUCUAUGCAACAAAGCGUGACGCGUGACGCGAAGUGCAGUGCCAACGACGUGUGCGACGCAGAGUGAUCGUGCAAUUUUUUUUAAUGCCGCUUGAACUGUUGGCGUUUUACUUCUUUUACUAUGCCAGCUAUUUGAAAUUUUAAAUAAUUUUCGUGCUUAAGUACUCGCUAGUCGUGAGAAAAUCAUUAAAAUAUUUUAGUCAAAUUUAGAAAGACAUAAAAACAAAGGAAUUCGUGUGUAAUGAGUUUCAAUAAUGAUAUCAUCAUCACUGCCAUGGAUCGUUUCGUGUGGUUCGUUCUACUUGUUGUAAUGUCGCAUUUGGUUACCGAAUUUACACGCGUCACUGGCUAUGCGCGCGGCAACCGUCACGAUGUGGUUCUUAUAAAUGAUACGUCCAUGCGAACAAUGCCUGUGGCAAGUAUGAUUUUGUAUCCGAGCGAAGAAUACGGGCUGUAUGACCAACAACAAAUAGCACAGUACAACAACAUCUAUCCGAAUAAAUACAACGGCCAAAACAACCACAAUAACUACAACAACUACAACGGCAAUCCGAAUAUGCAGCCAAACUCUCCAAAUGCCGAGUCAGCUGCCACCGGAUUCCCAUUCAGUUUUCGUCCCAUCAUAGACAGCAUCUUCGAGAUUCCAAUAUCAACGCUGCGCGCUGUCAACAAUCUGGUGGCGCGCUUAACUGGCAGCUAUCAACACCAGGUGCCUUCACUGACUCCUGGCGUACUGAAAUCCACCAACGACAAUGAGCAUCCGGACACGCUGCAGGCCUUCCGUUCCUUACCAGCAGGCGUUGAGGGCGGCGUGACAUCCGUGCAGGCAUCGCCACCGGCGACCGUUCGGAAUUCGGUAGCCGCAGCGACGGAAAAUGAUGAGAAGCACAGUAAUAAUAACAAUAAAGGCAACAAUCCUGUAGUCAGUAGGCGUAGGUCUUUACUGCGUGAGGUGAACGCGUAAAUCGGUGCACUGCUAACUGCCGACCGACCGGCUAGCGAAACAGAAUGAUAGAAAAUAAGAAGAGCAGGGAGCAGCAGGCAGCAAAAGUUGAAACCACGUCGAUUUCACGCCUUACGCGCACACACACACACACAAACACAGAGCGCCAAUGAGCGCGUCUUCAAGCAUUCUUUAACCCAACUAGUUGUGUAGUUCAUUUGCACUUCACUUCCUUCCACCCACCGAUUCAUUUUCAUUCAUGCAUUUUAUUAUACGCUCAUUUGUUUGGUUAUAACUACGAGUGCUGUACACGCGAAGUUGUGUGUGUGUGUGUUUAGCAAAGGGUUUUGUUUGUGUUUUAGUUGUUCUUUAUGUUCGGCACGAUUCAAUGUGCGCACAUUUGCAUAAACUUGUUCUAAAGUUGGCGAUUUAACUUUUUUCGCACGUAUUUGUUGUUGUUCUUUUGAGUCUUGAGAAACUAAGCCGCGGGAAUCGCCUUUCACUGUCGGCUGAUCAAAGUUUAUUUUGUGUUGUAGUUAUUGCAGGCGAACGGUUUAUUUUUUUUCAUUUUUUUUUUCAUUUCCUUCACAAAUUAAACACUCACUCGCCUUCAUUUCACUUUUGCUUUCUAUUCAGUCAGUUCUCUGCACAGCUUUUUCUCAUUACUUUUAAUUUAUUGUAUUUCGUCAUUUAAGUUAAUUGUUAAGCGCACAUGACAUCUUCGUCUUUCUGCAGAUUUGAAUGUUUAUUUUAACGACUAAUUUUUAGGCUAAUUUUCUCUUUGUCAUUUUCUGUUCAUUUUGUUGAUGUGAUAUUACUUUAGUGACUCCGUUAGUAGAAUUUAAGUUUAAAUGUGUUAAUGCUAGACUUAGGGAAUAGUUUUUGUAAGACAAUAAGUUGGUAAAUAAAUCAUAUACAUAAAUAUAUGGAAAUAAAU